AUUAAUUUUGAACAGUUUUGAAAGAUUCGAACUUGUAUUAAAGUUACUAGCAGCAAUACUUCGUUGCAUGCUACUUUGAACAUGCAAUUCUUCUUAUUCGCUGCUUUUAUCUAGAAGUUUUUUAGCCUGUUUAUUAGGCAUAUCUAAAAUAGUUUUUUUUGUCUAAGCCGCGUAAUUUCAAAAGAUAUUAACAAAAAUCUAAAUAUUUCUGUGUUAUGGAUGUGAUCAUAACAAAUCUUUUACCUUAUACCAAUCAUUGAUUCAUAACGCAUCGAAUACGAAAAUAAAAAAUUAUAAGAACGUAUUAAGUUUCAAGUUAUCGGUAAAAAACGAAGACUUUUUAUUGCUCAAGGCAUUUAAAUGAUUUUCCAUAAGACGUGAGAAAAAAUUUCCAUAAAAAUUUAAGAAACUAAAUUAUCAACAUUCCAAAAGAUGUAUUCUGCGGUUAAAAGUCGAAGUGUGACGUACAGUUUUUCUCAACAAGAAAAUGCACCCAAAAAAAUUGGAGAUAAAAUUCCAGCUCGAUUGGUGCUGUAUUUCCUUUCCUGGUCUGGGUUUCUGGUCUCAUUUAUGAUGCGUAAUGAUAUGAAUUUUGCUUUGGUAGCUAUGAUUCCAAAUGACAAUUCAACAAACAGUGAAAUAAAUAACUCUUCAUUAACAUUGUCUGUGGGCCCUGGUGACUCUACAUCUAUAGUGAAAUCUGUUAUAAUCAGCUCUUUCUAUUGGUGUUAUGUGAUAUCGCAAGUAGUAGGUGGAAUUGCCACUCAAGCGUUUGGAACCAAGAGCGUGUUUGGAUGGUCACAACUGGCAACUGCACUUUGCAGUCUACUUAUGCCAAUGGCAGCUCAAUUACAUUUUGGAAUUGUGAUUGUUUUACGUUCUGUUCAGGGGUUUGCCUCAGGUUUAACAUGGCCUGCGAUGUAUGCAUUGGUUGGCUACUGGAUACCACUCUCGGAACGUUCGCGGUUUAUGUCAAGUUUUCAAGGAUUUAGUAUUGGAAUUGGCUUAACGUAUCCUCUAUGUGGAUUCCUAAUAUCAGAAUUUGGAUGGUGUUACGUCUUUUACACUACCGGUCUAUUGGGUAUCGUCUGGUGUAUAACCUGGUAUUUUCUGGCUUUUAACACACCACGCGAACAUCCUCGAAUAACUCAAGAGGAACUAAAUUAUAUUGAACACAAUGUUGGCAAAGAAGUUCAAAAAUCAGUUAGUGUAAAAGUUCCGUGGCUUCAAAUAUUCAAAUCUUUGCCGGCUUGGGCAAUUGCCAUAACAACGUUCGGAAGAAUAUUUGUACAUUAUAUAUUUAUUGUAUGCGGACCAACAUUUAUGAAUCACAUUUUAAAGUUCGAGUUUGGUACAAAUGGAUUUCUAUCUGGAAUGCCAUUUAUUUGCUCAUAUAUCUCGUCAGUAUUAUUUUGUUAUGUUGCCGACAAAUUAUUAUUACAUAAUGUUUUAUGUCUUACCAACGUGAGAAAAUUGUUUACAGCUUUGUCGCAGAUAAUUCCAGGUCUAUUAAUAUAUUGUAUUGGAUAUAUAAGUAACAUAUAUUUAUUGAUAACACUGUGGUUUAUUGCUGUCAUUUUUAUAACAGCAUCCUAUGCUGGUGCAAUGGCAAAUAUAAUCGAUAUCGCCCCCAAUUAUGGACAUUCAGCAGCAGUUUUAGCGUUUUGUCAAACAAUACAUAUGUCAGCUUCAUUUAUAUCCCCAUUGAUGACUGGAUUUUUAGUUACUCAGGAGGAUUCUAUUGAACAGUGGCGUAAUGUGUUUGAAUUAGCUGCAAUUGUUUCUGUUUUUACCUACGUAGUAUAUCAAAUAUUUGCGACAGCAGAAAUACAACCCUGGAAUAUAAAAAGACCAGGUAACUUAAAUGAAAACAAUGAGAGUAUAAGAAAUGUGGAUGAAUCAAUAAGUACACUUCCAAUGGAAAUGAAAUAAACACUUUAUAUUUUGUUAUACUUAUAUGUAAUAGUUAAUCAAAUUAUAAAAUGUAUGUACUAUUAUGUUAUUGUAUUAUAUGUCAAAACUGGUAACUAUCAAUAAACUGUACAAAAGAUUA